CCAUCGAGCACCGGCCCGCAGUUUGACACAGCGAAAUGGCGGAGCGGGAUGAUUCGGUGAGGGAGUUUGUUACAGUGACCGGUGUUGAAGAGGAAAGAGCCCGCUUUUUCCUCGAGUCGGCCGGCUGGGAUUUGCAGCUUGCCCUUGCCAGUUUUUUUGAGGAUGGAGCAGAUGAUGAUAUUAUUACCCUUCCUCAACAGGAAAGUGGCCCGACCACCCGUUCGACAGGACCAAGUGAACACAGAGUGACUUCUUUUAGCGAUCUGGUGCAUGGAGAUGAAGAGGAGAGUGAUGAGGAAGGUCAGAGGUUUUUUGCUGGUGGAUCUGAACGCAGUGGGCAGCAGAUUGUCGGCCCUCCCAAGAAGAAAAGCCCAAAUGAGGUGGUUGAGGACUUGUUUAAGGGUGCUAAGGAGCACGGUGCUGUUCCUGUAGACAAAGCAGGAAAGGGACCUGGGGAGUCUAGCAAGGCUAAGCCAUUUGUAGGAGGAGGGUAUCGUCUGGGUGUGGCACCUGAGGAGGAGUCCGCUUAUGUGGCUGGAGAGAGGAGAGCCUCUGGCAGUAUGCAAGAUGUACAUGUGGUGCUAAAGUUGUGGAAAACUGGAUUCAGCCUUGAUGACGGAGAGCUAAGAAACUACAGUGAUCCUGGAAAUUCCUUAUUCCUAGAGUCUAUCCGCAGAGGGGAGAUUCCUCUGGAGCUGAGGCAGCGUUUCCGUGGAGGACAAGUGAAUCUGGAUAUGGAAGACCAUAGGGAUGAAGGCUUUAGCAGACCAAAGCUGGCUUUCAAGGCUUUUGGUGGAGAGGGACAGAAACUUGGCAGUGCCACUCCAGAUUUGGUAUCCCCAAGGAUGGGUCAGCAAGAUCAGGCUGGAAAUGAAGCUGAGGCCAGUGCCUCCAUUAGUGUGGAUGACUCUCAGCCCGUCACCAACAUUCAGAUCAGACUGGCUGAUGGAGGUCGACUGGUGCAAAAGUUUAACCACACCCACAGGGUGUCUGAUGUGCGCCGGUUUGUGGUGAGUGCACGGCCUGGCUUGGCUGCAGCAGAGUUUGUUCUCAUGACGACUUUCCCCAACAAGGAAUUGACCGACGAAAGCCUGACACUGAAGGAAGCCAAUCUGCUAAAUGCUGUGAUUGUGCAGAGACUAAAAUAAUGAUGCCCUCCAGUUUUACGAUGGCACUAUUAAGUUUCCUCAAAGGGAAAUGCAUGGACUCGAGGACUUGUGACUUUUUUUUCUUUAGUGAAUAUGUGGCAGUAUGUACUUUAGGAUUAAGAAAAUGGAGUUGGGGAGAGUUUAAUCACUUCCAUGAGACGCAUUAAUGGAAAGAGAGUUGAACAAAUUGGAAGUUUAAUUACACACUUUACAGAUUAGAACCCUAUCUAAAAUAAAGAGCUUUCUAAAAAAAACUUGACAUGCUUUUACCUCAGUGUUUUAAGCUGUUUUUUCAUGUUUACUUUUUCUUUUUUCUUUGUUUUGUAUCCAGUCCCUAAUUUUUCUCUCUUAAUUUUCUCUGUAUAAAUGCCCAUAGCCUUACAACCCAACACCAGAUAACCAGACCUCCAGAUAUAACUGCUGCUUCUUGGAAAGCUGAUUCUUGGGAACAAACAUUAAAGUGAAUUGUUUAAAUUUAUCUUAUAAUCUACUGAUUUUCUUGCUUGAUAGUAUUCUAACUAAAUAGCUGGUCUUAAUGUUGGACUCAAUUUAAGAGCUGCUUAACAUGUCCGCAGCUGUGAUGUACUCUCUGCAGCAAUUUUAUGUAGAGCUGGAAAUUAGUAGAGCUUGUGUGGGUGGUACGGUGGCUCAGUGGGUAGCACUGUUGCCUCACAGCAAGAAGGUCUUGGGUUCGAUCCCCAGGUGGGAUGGUCCGGGUCAUGCAAGUGAGGUGAAUUGGAGAUACGAAAUUGUCCCUGACUGUGUUUGACUUUAAACUUGUGAAUUGAUGAAUCUUGUGUAACGAUUAACUACCAUUUGUCAUUAAUGUAACCAAAGUGUGUAAAACAUGACGUUAAAAGUGUAAUAAAUAAAUAAAUAGAGCGUGUUGUGCACAAGGGCACAUACAUGGAAAAACUAA